AUGACAUCUUCAUUUGCUCAGUACAUCUUCAUUGAUAUCUUAGCACUAAUUUCACUUGUCAUCGGUAGCAUAUGGUCAUUUAUUAUUAUAUCAAUUAUCAUCUAUAAUCGUCGUCAAUUAUACAAUAUUUCAACUUUACUCAUCUGUAAUUCCUGUUGUGCAUGUAUAUUUCAAUGUUAUAAUAUUUUUGCACUCUAUGUUUACAUGCUACGUGCCGAUUUAACUAAACCGGAUGGUGGUGUAAAUCUACCAAGCGAUCGACUGUGUACAAUACGUGCAUGGCUACUUUUCAGUGGUGCAUGUGCUGUCUAUUGGUCUUACAUGUUACAAGGUUUUCAUCGUCUAGUUACAACUGUUUUCUAUAAAAAACGAUGGCUACAAAAAAGUGCAGUAUUCUAUAUAAUUGUUAUCAUAUUACAGUGGAUUAUGGGUGGCUUAGUCUCUGUACUACCUUUAUUCCUCGGUAGGGAUUUUUGA